AUGGCGCUAACCUCCCAAGGCAUCACCCUGCGUUCCCCGCCAGCGGCCCCCCGCGGCCAUGGAGGGAGGCGGUCCUCUUCCGUACCCGCCGCCGCGGCCCCGCGCGGCUGGGGGCAGCCCCACGCGGGGCAAUCCUUAUCCAUCUCGCCCGCCAGGUACGAACCCGCCGCUCGUCCACCACGGGGAGGCUCCUCCUCCUCCGCCAUACGCGCCGCCGCCUCGGCUGGCGCGCAGCCCGGCAGCGACCCGGUCCCCGCCGAGCCCAGGAUCGAGCUCCCCGCGAUAUUUACCGUCUUCUCUGAGGCCGCUAAGACCGGCGCUGCCUUCUUCAUCGCCUCGUCGGGCGCGGCCUUUCUUCUCGGCUCGUUUGGGGGGUUCGGAGGCGGCGCUGGGGGUCUCUUCGGCGGCGGUGGUGGAGGGGGUGGAUGGGGCGCGGGGGGUGGUGGUGCCGGUGGCGGAGGGGGUGGAGACUUCUGGUCCCGGCUGUUCUCCGUCGGCGCGGCGCACGCAGACGACAAGUCAUCGGGGGAUUGGGACGCGCACGGGCUCCCCGUCAACAUGACGGUGCCCCUCACGAAGCUGAGCGGGCUGAAGAGGUACAAGCUGUCUGAGCUCAAGUUCUUUGACCGGGCAGCCGGCGGCGGUGGCGCCUACACGGGGCCAGAGGAUUCCUUCUUCGAAAUGGUAACACUGCAGCCUGGUGGCGUGUACACCAAGUCGCAGCUGCUCAAGGAGCUGGAGACACUCGUCUCCAGUGGCAUGUUUGAGCGGGUUGAUCUGGAGGUGAAGCCCAAGCCGGAUAACACAAUUGGGCUCACAGUCUCCUUUGUGGAGAGUGUGUGGAGUGCCGCAAAGCAGUUCAAGUGCAUCAAUGUGGGGCUUAUGUCACAGUCAGGGCAGGUUGACUUCGACCAGGACAUGACUGAGAGGGAGAAAAUGGAUUACCUCCGCAAGCAGGAACGUGAUUACCAGCAGCGUGUACGGGGUGCCAAGCCCUGCAUCUUGCCAGAAAAUGUGCAUGGAGAGGUGCUGGGAAUGAUGAAGAAGCAGGAGAAGGUGAGCGCCAGGAUGCUGCAGAAGAUCAGGGACCAUGUCCAGAAAUGGUACUACAACGAGGGUUUUGUGUGCGCACAGGUGGUUAACUUUGGAAACCUUAACACCAAUGAGGUUGUGUGUGAGGUGGUCGAGGGUGAUAUCACCAAGGUGGAGUACCAGUUUCAGGAUAAGCUUGGAAAUAUUGUUGAGGGAAAUACCCAGCUUCCGAUCAUAGACCGAGAGCUGCCCCAACAGCUUCGACCUGGCCACAUCUUUAACAUUGGAGCAGGGAAACAGGCUCUGAAGAAUAUAAAUUCACUUGCUUUGUUUUCCAAUAUAGAAGUUAAUCCACGUCCUGAUGAGACAAAGGAAGGGGGCAUAGUAGUUGAAAUUAAGCUCAAGGAACUGGAACCCAAGUCAGCUGAAGUAAGCACAGAAUGGAGUAUUGUACCUGGGCGUGAAGGGCGACCAACUUUGGCAUCCAUACAACCUGGAGGAACUGUGUCAUUUGAGCACCGGAACAUUUAUGGUCUUAAUAGAUCUAUUGUUGGUUCUGUUACAUCCAGCAACCUGCUGAACCCUCAGGAUGAUCUUUCAUUCAAGCUUGAGUAUGUCCAUCCUUAUUUGGAUGGUGUGGAUGAUCGUAGUAAAAACCGCACAUUCAAAACUAGCUGCUUCAACACGAGGAAAUUGAGUCCUGUCUUUGUUGCUGGUCCCAACAUGGAUGAGGCUCCGCCUGUUUGGAUCGAUAGAGUUGGAUUUAAAGCCAACAUAACAGAGAGCUUCACACGGCAAAGCAAAUUCACAUAUGGCCUCGUGGUUGAAGAGAUUACAACACGUGAUGAAACUAAUUCUAUCUGUACCCAUGGUUCUCGAGCAAUGCCUAGUGGCAGUUUGAGCAUGGAUGGACCUCCCACAACCCUCAGUGGUACUGGAGUUGACCGAAUGGCAUUCCUUCAGGCUAAUAUAACCCGUGACAAUACUGAGUUUGUGAAUGGUGCAAUUGUUGGAGACAGAUACAUUUUCCAGUUGGACCAAGGUCUUGGCAUCGGAAGCAAAAACCCAUUCUUCAACCGUCAUCAACUUAGUCUGACCAAGUUCAUCAAUUUAAAUAAGCAAGAGAAAGGUGCUGGCAAGCCACUACCAGUUGUUUUAGUUCUUCAUGGUCAUUAUGCUGGUUGUGUGGGUGAUUUGCCAAUCUAUGACGCGUUUGCACUUGGAGGGCCUUACUCUGUUAGGGGCUUUAGUAACGGUGAACUGGGCGCUUCUAGGAAUAUUCUUGAGGUUGCUACAGAGUUGCGCAUCCCUGUAAGAAACACACACGUUUAUGCAUUUGCUGAACAUGGGACUGACCUUGGGAGUUCCAAGGAUGUGAAAGGGAACCCUACAGAGUUUUUCAGGCGUGUUGGUCAUGGAUCUUCAUAUGGUGUUGGUGUCAAGCUUGGGUUGAUCCAUGAGCUGGUGGUUGUCCUGCGGGCGCACAUGAGCUUCAUGGACUUGGAUGAACGUGAGAUGAGCUCAUGGAUGAAGCAGCUGACGAACGCUUCCCGGCAAGGCCGCCACGGCUGCGUUCUCCACCUCUUCUUCGCCCACCUCCGACGCGGCGAUCGCGGCUUGGUGGACCCGCACCCCGCGGCCGUCCCCACGGCGCUCCGCGCCUGCGCGCGCCUCGGAAACGCCUCCUCCGGCCGCCUAAUCCACGCGCUCGUCCUCACCCGGUUCCCGUCCCUCGCCUCCGACGCCGUCGCCGCCACCGCGCUUCUCGACAUGUACGCCAAAUGUGGCCUCGUCGCGAGUGCCCAGAGGGUGUUCGACGAAAUGCCGCGUAGGGAUGACCUCGUCGCCUGGAACGCGCUGGUCGCAUGCUAUGCGCGCCACGCCCCCCCGGAGCGCGCGCUGGCGCUGGCCAUCAAAAUGCGGGGCCAGUGCCUGUGCCCCGACCUGAUGACAUGGAACGCCGUCGUCUCCGGUUUUGCACUGGCCGGCGACGACCAGAUGGCCGAGGAAUUGAUCGGCGCCAUGGAGGAGGACGGGUUCCAGCCGGACGUGGUCACUUGGACAUCGCUUGUAUCUGGCUCGGUGCUGAACUUUCAGUAUGCCAGGGCACGCGUGCUGUUCCGGAGAAUGAUGACCACUGGCAACCCUGUCCUGCCGAGCUCGGCCACGAUUGCCAGCAUCUUGCCUGCCUUCGCCAAUGUCGCUGACGUGAAGCAUGGCAAGGAAGUCCACGCCUACGCCGUGGUGACCGGCGUCGAACAGGAGCUCACUGUGGGCAGUGCUCUAGUAGACAUGUACACGAAGAGCGGGUUCGUGCUGGAAGCACGCCGGCUGUUUGACAGGAUGGCAGAAAGAAGCACGGUGACUUGGAAUUCCAUGCUCUUUGGCCUGGCGAAUUCCGGCCACUGCCAAGAAGCCAUCGGUCUCUUCAACCGGAUGCUGUGCGAGGGAGCAAGGCCGGAUCACCUGACGUUCACAGCCGUUCUGACGGUUUGCAGCUACGCCGGCAUGGUGGAGCUCGGGAAGGGCCUGUACCGCGCCAUGCAGGAAGAGCACGGCAUCGUGCCGAGGCUGGAGCACUGCGCGUGCAUGGUGCAUUUGCUUGGCCGAGCCGGCUGGCUCGCCGAGGCUUAUGAUUUCAUCAAAGCCAUGCCCCUGGAGCCUGACUGCUUCGUUUGGGGGGCGUUGCUGGGGGCAUGCCGAAGCCAUGGCGACGUCAAGCUUGCCGAGCUGGCUGCGUCCCACCUGCUAACCGUCGAGCCGGCCAAUGCAGCUAGUUGCCUGCUACUCUCGGACUCGCUGGCAAGUGCAGGCAGACAAGAUGAUGUUAUGAAGAUGAAGAGGCUGGCAAAGAGACAGCGCAUGAAGAAGCUGGAUGGCUGCAGCUGGUUGGAGUGA